AUUUCGUCAAUAGAAUGAAGAUCCGCCUCAGGAAAUUGCAACUCAGUCUGUUAUCAGAUUGAAGUCUAAUGUACAUAGCCUUAUUUAACAGUCAGCUUUUGAACUAAUGGGACAUGGCUGUGAUAUUCUCCAAUAAUAUGACAUCCCUUAGCAAUAUGACAAACUGCAACAAUAUAUCUGAAGACUUCUCUGACUACUAUAGCUUAAACCCAGAUAAUGAACACCAGGCCUGCAACAACAACAAUGUGAUGGAAUUCAGCCGAGUCUUCCUCCCUACCCUCUACAGCAUUGUCUUCAUCGUGGGGUUCAUUGGCAAUGGCCUGGUGUUGUGUGUCCUGGUCAAGUACCACCAAAGGUCAAAUGUGACAGAUGUGUGCCUCUUCAACUUGGCACUUUCUGACCUCCUCUUCCUUAUCUCAUUGCCUUUUUGGGCCCACUACUCCGCCAUUACUGAUUGGACCUUUGGGGGCUUCAUGUGUCAUGCAGUGACAGCGCUCUACAUGCUGGGAUUCUAUGGAAGUAUCUUCUUCAUGAUCCUCAUGACCUUGGACCGCUACGCUGUCAUUGUCCAUGCCCAUACCUCUCUCUUCUCCAAGCACCGGUCUGUCAGAGCUGGCAUAGCUGUGGCUUUGUUUAUGUGGGCACUCAGCUUGGGAGCUUCUCUGCCAACCAUCAUUUUCUCCCAAGUGAACAGUGAUUCAAAUGGACGGGCAUGCAGGGUCGAAUAUCCACAAGGGACCGCAUGGGCGUCAUUCUCUUACAUUCAGCUGAACAUCCUCGGCUUAAUUAUUCCUCUCUCGGUGAUGGUGUUCUGCUACUCACGUAUCAUCCCCAUCUUAAUGUCCAUGAAGUCUCAGAAGAAACACAAAGCUGUCAGGCUCAUCCUGAUCUUGAUCACUGUUUUCUUCCUCUUCUGGACACCCUACAACAUCGUCAUCUUCUUGAAGUUCCUGCAUCACUUGGGCUACAUGGCCAGCUGUCCGUGGCAACAGAACCUGAACAUGGCUAUGCAGUGGGUGGAAACAAUAGCGUUCAGUCACUGCUGCCUCAACCCCAUAGUCUAUGCCUAUGUGGGGCAGAAAUUCAGGAAUUUAGUUAUAAAGAUUCUGAAAGAGUGGUUUCCUCUUUGCUUUGGUCGAUGCACAACAAUUGUCAGUGAGUUCUCAGAGAGGAGGAGCUCUAUGUACUCACGCUCCUCAGAGGUAUCCACCACAAAGAUUGUGUAGCCACAGGAUGCUGAUGGCAAUGGAGGUUUAUCAGAGGAAAUCAAAAAGCUGCAGACUUGUUAUGUAAUGCACAGCACUAUUGCUGUAGCGCUUUUGAUGUUCUAAAAGUAUGUCAUUGCUUUUAUUCAAUUUUGCUUUUUUCAGUUGGUGAGGAGAUUCUUUUUUUGAUCAUUUUCAAAAAUAAAUUUACUAUACUUUUAUUGUUAGUUAUGCACAGCUUAUGCAUAUAUUUUUUUACAUGUGUAGCUCAAUUUAAAACUAAUACUGCAUAGACUUCAUGCAGCAAAAAAGGUAUUAAAUACAACGUCUUUACUGAGCAGCUGAAUUAUGUUUAAAAUGUAAAUAAACAUUAA